AUAAAAAAACAUCUGACAAUAAAGUUGUAGAUUCUGCAGUUCAGAAUGAAGAUAUUGUUUUUUCUGGUCCUCCUGGGUCUACACAGCGCAGCAGCAGUGAUUCACUCUCUGAAGUAUAUCUUCACUGUGUCCUCUCAAGUCCCAAACUUCCCAGAGUUUGUUGUUGUUGGGAUGGUUGAUGAUGUUCCGGUGGGUUACUGUGACAGCAACACCAAGAAAGCAGUACCGGAACAGGACUGGAUGAACAGACUCAUAGCAGAUAAUCCACACUACUGGGAAGGGCAAACUGCCAUAUGUUUGGGUGAACAGCAGCUCUUCAAAGGCCACAUUGAAACUUUAAAGCAUCGUUUCAACCAAACUGGAGGUGUCCAUAUUUUCCAGUGGCUGGUUGGUUGUGAAUGGGACGAUGAGUCUGGAGAGGUUAAUGGUUUCAGACAGGUUGGUUACGAUGGAGAAGACUUCCUAUCGUGGGAUGUGAAGACAAAUACAUGGAUCGCUCCAAAACAACAGGCUGUCAUCACCAAAAACAAUUGGAACAAUGACAAAGUACUUAUGGCAUAUUAUAAGUACACCAUCACCCAGGAGUUACCUUACUGGCUGCAGAAGUUAAUUAUGUAUGGGAGAAGCUCUCUGAUGAGAACAGGUAGAAUCACAUGA